AGAAGGAGGGGCAACAGGAGGAGGUCUGCUCCCCGAUCAAACAGCAACAAGUGUUCGGAGUGAAACUAGAAGGGAAGACAGAUUGGAUCUGGACCUGGACCCGGUUCUGGUUCUGGUUCCGAACCGUUGCCCCGGGCCGCUGCCUCCGGGCUGUAGUGGAUCUCUCCGGCCGCAGAGGUGUCAUGGCCGCCUCUGUUAGUCGGCUGCCCUCCUAGACCAUUACUUGUUGGACCUAACAGAGCCUCAGCACCGUGGAGCGGGUUGAACCGUCGUUUGGCGCCCAAAGCGCGACCAGGAUGACCACCUCCCACCUGAACGGGCACGCCGGCGGGGAGGGAGGAGGACGAGGAGGAGACGAAGAGCAGCACAGGGAGAUGGCCGUAGACUGUCCAGGAGAGCUGGGGAGCCGGACUCUGCCGGUCCGCCGCUCUGCUCAGCUGGAGAGGAUUCGGCAGCACCAGGAGGAUCUUCGGCGCCGCAGAGAGGAGGAGGGUCGGCAGCUGGACCUGAACACCUCGCUCCGACUCAGGAAGCUGUCCCAGAACCCCCACGUCGGGAUCGACAACCCGUCCUUCCUUCAGGACUCGCUGGGCCCGCAGCAGCCGGCGCCAGGCGGCCCGCAGAGCCAAGCGCUGCUCGAGCUGGAGGAGCUGCUGCUGUCGCUGAAGCAGGUCCGAGGCUUCCUGUCGGACCAGCAGAGUCAGAGCGACGUGGAGCUGGUGCUGACUCUGCUGAGCAAGUCGGACUUCCAGUCGGCGCUGAGGAUCCAUAAUGCUGUGGCCUCCAGCAUGCACCAGCCGUCUCCUCCGUACCCCCAGAGCCAGCAGGCGCUCCCACUGGCCAUGGAGGUCAGGAACCUGCUGCAGUCCAGCCACAGUAAAGAAGGCGUGGAGCUGCUCAGCCUGCUGUCGGACACGCGCCUCCAGUCCCUGCUUCUGGCGCAUGACAGCGUAGCAGAGAGGGAGAUGGAGCCCGAGUCUCAGCCGGUGGAAGGAGAGACUCUGACCCAGUGGGGAGGGGAGACGGUGAAGAUCGUCCGCAUAGAAAAGGCUCAAGAUGUUCCUCUGGGAGCAACGGUUCGCAAUGAGAUGGACAGCGUCAUCAUCAGUCGCAUCGUGCGGGGAGGAGCGGCUGAACGCAGUGGGCUCCUGUCUGAGGGAGAUGAAAUCCUGGAGAUCAACGGCAUCGAGAUCAGAGGGAAAGACGUCAACCAGGUGUUCGACAUCCUGGCUGACAUGCAUGGCCUCCUGACCUUUGUGUUGAUUCCUAGCAAUCAAACCAAGCCCCCCCCUGUUAAGGAGACGGUGGUCCAUGUGAAGGCCCACUUUGACUACGACCCCUCUGAUGACCCCUACGUGCCAUGCAGAGAGCUGGGCUUAUCCUUCCAGAAGGGAGAUAUUCUCCACAUUAUCAGCCAAGCAGAUCCCAACUGGUGGCAAGCCUACAGAGAUGGCGAUGAGGACAACCAGCCACUAGCUGGACUGGUCCCAGGGAAGAGCUUCCAGCAGCAAAGAGAAGCCAUGAAGCAGACCAUAGAAGAAGACAAGGAAUCCGAGAAACCAGGAAAGCUUUGGUGCGCCAAGAAGAACAAGAGGAAAAGAAAGAAGCUACUGUACUCCCAGAGGAAUGAUGACCCUGAAGAGGAAAUUCUAACCUAUGAGGAGAUGGCUCUGUAUCACCAGCCGGCCAAUAGGAAGCGUCCGAUCGCUCUGAUUGGUCCAAACAGCUGUGGGCAGGCGGAGCUAAGACAGAGACUCCUCAACAACCAACCAGAACGCUUCGCUGGAGCCGUGCCUCACACAACGCGGAGCCGGCGUGACGGCGAGGUCCACGGCAGGGAUUACCACUUUGUGUCCCGUCAGGCCUUGGAGGCGGAGCUAGCAGCUGGGAAGCUGAUCGAGUCUGGCGAGUUUGAGAAAAACCUCUAUGGAACCAGCACCGACUCUGUGAGGCAGGUCAUCAACACUGGGAAAAUCUGCGUGCUCUGUCUGCACACACAGGCCCUGAAGGUUCUGAGGUGCUCCGACCUGAAGCCCUACAUCAUCUUCAUCGCCCCGCCCUCACAGGAGAGACUCAGAAUGCUGCUGUUAAAGGACAACAAGAACCCAAAGCCCGAGGAGCUGCGUGACAUCAUUGAGAAGGCCCGGGAGAUGGAGCAGAGCUGUGGCCACCUGUUCGACGCCAUCAUCGUCAACACAGACCCAGACAAGGCCUACGCUGAGCUGCUGCGGCUCAUCAACAAGCUGGACACCGAGCCGCAGUGGGUACCGUGCUCCUGGCUGCGCUGAGCCCAGCAGGACCAGCUGCUGCCAUGGAAACCUGACUGAAAUCACACCCUUCAAGCUGUCAUUAAUGUUACGUCUCCCAGACGACACUGAAAGGAAGCUAGGUUCUACAGAUGUCCGGCUACGCAAAUUACAGCUUAGGCUAAAACACAAUGCCAUUUUAACAGAAAGAUCCAUAAAACUGAACUUUAGUUUCGUUCUUUGGAAACUAAAAUUGAUGUGCAAACCUUUAUUUAAUCACAUCAAACGGACGAGGCCCGAACCUUUAUUAAAUCGCAUCAAAGGGACGACGCCCCAACCUUUAUUUAAUCACAUCAAACGGACAACGCUAAGACCUUUUUUUAAAUCGCAUCAAACGGACGACGCCCGAACCUUUAUUAAAUCGCAUCAAACGGACGGCGCUUAAACCUUUAUUAAAUCGCAUCAAACGGACGUCGGUAAAACCUUUAUUUAAUCGCAUCAAACGGACGACGCCCGAACCUUUAUUAAAUCGCAUCAAACGGAUGACGCUUAAACCUUUAUAAAAUCGCAUCAAACGGAUGAUGCUAAAACCUUUAUUAAAUCGCAUCAAACGGACAACGCUUAAACCUUUAUUAAAUCGCAUCAAACGGACGACGCUAAAACCUUUAUUAAAUCGCAUCAAACGGACAACGCUUAAACCUUUAUUAAAUCGCAUCAAACGGACGACGCUAAAACCUUUAUUAAAUCGCAUCAAACGGACAACGC